AAUCACUCUCAGCACAGCUCAAUUAUUGGGAUGAGUGUGCGUAGACUUUUAGACAGCCUGUCCGCCAUGGUUGUUUAUGCUUUAAUCUGCAAGUUGCUGCUGACUAAUACAACUCAUCUUGCCUGAGCUGUUCUAGUGGUAAAGGUUGGAAGAAGCACCCCUUCUUGGUUGUAGCUCUAGAUGGAAACUGUUUGUUUGACAUAAUACCAAUAGCACCUAUUGUGUGUUGUCUGAGAGGAGGAAGUGGAAGAAGAAGAAGAUCUCAGGAAGUUAUGGCGUACUGUGCUGCUAUUGCUUCUCUCGUGGAGUUACUCGAAGAUAUUCUUCAUCUGGGUCGAUAUCCCAACAUUCUUCUGGGGAGGGACCAAAUCAUGACAUCCCUCCACCAAAAAUUCACCCUUUUGCGAGAUUGUUCUCAACCCAAAGAUGAACAUAUAGAGAGGCGGAUCAGGGAUGCGGCGUAUCGAGCACAGGAUGUGAUUGAAUUUGAGAUCUCGAAGCAGAUUGAAUCAGAAUUAGGGAACAGUACCCAUCAUGGUGGAAUCGUGAAGAUUUUUCACAAACUGAUUUCUUAUUGCCAAAAUGUGGAGGAAGAAGAGUUUGAAGAAGAGCUGCUUAAGGUGGCGCAAGAAGUGGAAGCUAUGGUGGAGGAGCUGAAGAAGCCCCACGACGAGAAAAGUGAAGAUUUGCAGCCCAGCAGGUAUAGGAGUUCUAGUCCUGCACCAAAAAAUACUUUGGUGGGAUUCGAUGAAGAGCUAAUGAAGAUUAAAGACAGGAUCUUCGGUGGCUUAUCCCAGCUCCAAGUCAUUCCAAUUGUUGGCAUGGGUGGAAUAGGCAAGACCGCUCUGGCAAAAGCUGUCUUUGAUGAUCCGAAUAUUGUGGAGGACUUCGAUAUUCGGGUUUGGGUAACUAUAUCUCAAGGGUACGAUAGGGAACAAGUUCUUCGGGGUAUCAGUCAAUCUAUGGGCUUGAUGAAUGAUGUUGAUAUAGUUGGAGAGCAUUAUUUGGAAGAGAGAAUAUACAGACAUUUAGUUGGAAGGAGAUACCUAGUUGUCUUAGAUGAUAUAUGGAGUAUCAAAGUUUGGGAAGACCUCCUAAGAGUGGUCCCAAAUGACCUUAAUGGGAGUCGGAUUGUAUUAACCACUAGGUUAUCAGAUAUUGCCUCCACGGUUGGAUUCCCCACUCUGCACAUGCCAUUCUUGAACGAGGAACAAAGUUGGGAUCUACUCAAGCUUAAGGUGUUUGGACAAGAGCUUGGUCCGCCUGAAUUGGAGGACAUUGGGAAGUUUAUUUCAAGUAAAUGUGGAGGACUUCCACUGGCGAUUGUUGUAAUUGCAGGUGUGCUUUCAACUAUUUCAGAGGCACCCAAAGCCUGGGAAAUGGUUGCAGCGGAUGUAGAUUCAAUCUUGAGCAAUGAUGAAUGCUUGCCGAAGGUUCUGUCUCUCAGCUACAAUGCUUUGCCUUACUACCUGAAACCGUGCUUGCUAUACAUGGCAAGCUUGCCUGAGAACUAUGAAAUAAAGGUUUCCAAGCUCAUCAGAUUAUGGAUCGAUGAGGGAUUUGUUAGACGAUUUUCGGGAAGAACCUUAGAACUAACGGCAAAGGAAUACUUGGAGGAUCUUGUCCGACGAAAUCUGGUUCUUGUCACUAAGAAUAGAGCUACUCGUGAAUUCAAGGGUUGCCGCCUCCGUAAUAUCUUGAGAAACUUUUGCCAAGAAAGGGCUGUUUUCGAAGGUUUCUUUCAUGUCAUGCCCAUGAGAGAUUAUCAUCUUCCGAGAGUGGUUGAAAAUGCACGCCGCAUUAGUCUCUAUCAAAUUCGUCCCUCGGAAUCCCAUCUGCAUGAUAUAGGUAAACUUGUUCGCACUGUACUUUGGUUUGACGAAAUAUCAGAUUUUGACACCAUCAAAUUGGAUAGCCUUAAGCUGUUACGAGUCAUGGAUGUAGAAGGAACAACAGCUUGGCCGAUCCCGGAUGAAAUUUUCCAUAUGUUUCAUCUAAAAUACCUUGAGUUGUGUCUACAAGGCCUUAGACCGCAAGUGAACCUUCCUCCAGCCAUCUCUGUCCUUCAGAAUCUUCAGACCUUGAUUAUUUCGAGUCUAUCUGUCGGUUCCAUCGCAUUACCUCCUCAGAUUUGGUGUAUGACACAACUAAGGCAUCUUAUAGUUUCUAGAAUGACCUUGCCACCUGCUCCUGCGACCAACGGCAUUCCUGUUCGAAAGCUAGAACAUCUACAGACUCUUAUGACCGUAGAAAACUUCAUAUGCUCCGACGAUACCAUUGAAAUAAUCCCCAACCUUAGAAAACUGAAAAUUAGCUGCACAGGAAAUGAAGACAGUCUUGCGGAGGUGAUGUAUUGGCUCGACAACCUAUUCCAACUUCGUCAACUUGUGGAGCUGAAACUUGUUCUUCCUUGUAUUGUUGAUUCGAUCUUUAGUGGCUUCGCCUUACCUCUGAAUCUUACAAAGUUGUCUUUGGGAGGUUGCAAACUUUCAUGGCAAGAAAUGACGAUGGUGGGUUGUUUGCCGAAUCUGCGAGUGCUCAGACUGAGGGAAGACUCGUUUGUGGGAGAAGAAUGGAUUCCUGUAGAAGAUGAAUUCCUUCGGCUUAAAUUCCUUUCAAUGGAAAGGUUAGAUCUCAUGCAUUGGAGAGCAGAAUCAUUUCACUUUCCAAUGCUAGAAAACCUAGAAAUUAUUAAGUGUUUUAACCUGGACGAGAUCCCCUCGGAGAUUGGAGAUAUUCCAACGCUUCUUUCCAUUGACAUAUAUGAAAGCAGCAGAGGCAUUGAAGAAUCAGCGUGGAGAAUCUUGGAGGAACAAGUGAGUUACGGGAACGAUGAGGUCCAAGUUUGCGUUCACAGUUGAUAGUUAAUUUUUGGUUAGCCCAUGCUUUCGAUCUGUUAUUCUGUUUUAGUUAUAUCUGCUGAUGUUGAAUUAAUUCGAAAAAUGCCUACUUCAUUUACAAUAUUAAUGGUUUCUAGUAUCAAAACAUCAAGACAGGUUUUUCAUAGUCCAUCUUUGCAUAUUUGAAUUUUUAUUUA